CAUCAGCAUCCGGGCCAAAGAACAGAACUGCAGGUUGCUUUCCUGAUCCCUGCACCUUCAAGGACGUUGCUCCCUCUCCCACCGAGAGCAAGCCCUGAGCUCAAAAGUUUAAAUCCUCUGCUUGUGUUUAACCAUUUUACCAGAUGUUUCCUGUGGUUUGACAGAUGUGCCAUUUACUAGAAAGUUACACUCCUGAGAUUUCGAGUGUUAUGGACACCGUUGCUAUAGACAGUGGGGCGGGCAGGGCAGGAUUUGGAAGACAACUUUUGCAUCAACUUUGGGUUGAAGGUGUGUUUGACCCAGAACAAAAAUGCUGUUGUCAGAAUCCACUUUUGUCUUCUUUGUUCUCACUCUCAUCUGUGGUGUAUUAUAGUCCAUAACCAGCUGACCAGAGCUCAUGCCAAUAAAUAGCAGAGUCCCUUACUUGCUUUUACUUUCUGAAAGCAGCUGGGCGCAGGUAUAUCCAAGUUUUGUUUGCAAGACUAACCAGUGUCUAAAGGAACUCUGGUAGCGGUAGGCAGGUAAACAUUUAAAUCCGGCUGAAAAAUCUGAUAACACCACUAUUUCUUGGACUACCUGAAGCUGGGCUAUGGUUAAGAAAUCUGCAGACUUGACAGUUUUUUGCACCUACCUAAAGCUUAUCCAGACAAACCAAGAAUUGCCCAAGGUAACUUUUGCUUUCCAAUGCCAGAGGUCUGCAUUUUUCUACAGCUUAAGGGUCCUAAUAGAACACAGCCUCUUUGCCAGGCCCCUACUGUGGGAGCAAAGCAGGAGGAAGUCGCUUCCUGCGAAACGUAGUUGCAGUUGGGGCUGCAGUGAAGGAAAGAGGAGGAAAACUCGGUGAUUUCUGCCAUUCUUUUUCGGAGGAGCCUGUUGCAAGGGUGCUUUGGAGUUCCCAUACAUUGUUUCUUCGGAGCCAGCUCACUUCUCCAGGAGCCUUCCACUCCUGGGUUUUUUGUAGCGCUCUUUUAGAGUUCUAUAAAAGCCUUAGGUUAGGGGAGAUGGAGGAACAAAGAAAGAGGAAAUGGCAUGCUGUCAUCCUGACAGCAGAUCAGUUUUCUCACAAAAUGAAACUGUAAUGAUGCAUGUCCUGUUCUGGCAAGGCACGUUUGUAAACAAACCCUCCCAGGAGUGGCAGACCUAUCCCAAGAUGCAAAGGAAACUUUUCCUCCAGCGAGGGGUCCAGGCAGGCCCCUUACCUUGCAGCCCUCUUUCCAGGCGGGGACUUUUAUUCUGACAGGCGUCCUGCCUACCCCGUUUUUUUUGCACCCGGGACGGCUUGCCAAGUCUGUGAGGCCCAAAGCUUUCUUGUGGGAGGACGCUGGACCGUCUUCAUGCUCUUUGGCAAUGAUUAAAGUGAGGAACAAGACUGCCAAUGGGGACUGCAGGAAAGACCACCGGGAGCGGAGCCGUAGCCCCAUCGAGCGCGCGGCAGCCCCGACCAUGAGCCUGCACGGCAGCCACCUGUACACGUCCAUCCCCAGCCUCUCCAUGGAGCAGCCCCUGGCCCUGACCAAGAACAGCGUGGAUGCCGGCAGGCCGGCUGGCAUUGUGCCCUCGCUGGUGCCUGUGGAGCGGCAACAGAACCGGCCCUCGGUCAUCACGUGUGCCUCCGCCAGCAACCGCAACUGCAACCUGUCCCACUGUCCCAUCGCCCACAGCGGCUGCGGGGCCGGGCCGGGCAGCUACAGGAGGCCGCCGAGCACCACUACCACCUGCGACCCCGUGGUGGAGGAGCAUUUCCGCAGGAGCCUCGGCAAGAACUACAAGGAGCCUGAGCCAGCACCCAACUCGGUGUCCAUCACCGGCUCUGUGGACGACCACUUUGCCAAAGCCUUGGGUGACACCUGGCUUCAGAUCAAGGCAGCCAAGGACGGUGCAUCCAGCAGCCCCGAGUCUGCCUCGCGGAGGGGCCAGCCCCCCAGCCCCUCGGCCCACAUGGUCAGCCACACUCACCCUCCAUCCGUAGUCUCAUGAGGCGAGGACCGUCCGGAACAAGAUGUGGGUCUGCAUGGUUUGCCUGAGCUUCAAAUGGUCAAUGCUUAAAAAAAAAAACAACAAAAAAAUACACAAAACCACAAAAAACCCAGAAAAUGUCAUU